CACAUUCCCCGGCCGCAGCUGGCCCCACCCCUCUCGCGCGGCGGCCCGGCCGUCUGUGACGUCGGCAGGCCCCGCCCCCUGGGUAUAAAUACUGGCGGCGCUGGUGCCGCCUUCCCACACUCUCUGGCUCAACUCUCGGCCGCGGUGUUUCCGUUUCUCUCCCUGGUCGUCGCCUCCCGCUCGGCUCCUCUCCUCCUUUCUCGCUCUGCUGCUCUGCGGUGUGACGAGGCUGAAUCCUCUCCCCACUCGGUUCGCGCCUUCCCCCCUCUCUCUCUCCUCUCUCCUCUCUCGCGCCGCUCCAUUUCUCCGGUUCGGCUGCCGCCGCCACUGCUGCUCAGCUGGUGUCGGUGCCGCGCGUUUCCCCCACGUCGUCCCCGCAGCCUAUGGCCCAGGCCGCCUUGGGUAUUUCUGCUCAAGGUAACCACAUCCCUCUUUAAAAAUUCCGCCGAAAAAGAGAAGACGCUUUACCCGACUCUUUGGGCCGUUAUCUCACGGCGAACUUUCUGACCGAGUAUACAACUACCCAGAAGGCCUAGGAGAAGUGCUGUAUAGAGAGCAGUUCGACUUCAACGCUGAGCCACCUUGGGAACCUAGCUGAUGAUAGGGGGGUUCCAUCUCCUAACUUGUCCAUUUUGUUGCAUAUUCUAAGGACCCAGACAUAGGCUUGGUGGCCCGUCUCUUGUUUUUCCUGGUUUAUGACUUUCGGCUUUGUGGAAUACGGCUGAGAUGAAAGGAUUUAUUGACGAUGCAAACUACUCCGUUGGCCUGUUGGAUGAAGGAACAAACCUUGGAAAUGUUAUUGAUAACUAUGUUUAUGAACAUACCCUGACAGGAAAAAAUGCUUUCUUUGUGGGGGACCUUGGGAAGAUCGUGAAGAAGCACAGCCAGUGGCAGAGCCUGGUGGCUCAGAUAAAGCCCUUUUACACAGUGAAGUGCAACUCCACCCCGGCUGUGCUCGAGAUCCUGGCGGCUCUCGGAACUGGGUUUGCUUGUUCCAGCAAAAAUGAAAUGGCCCUAGUCCAAGAAUUGGGUGUGUCUCCAGAAAACAUCAUUUACACAAGUCCUUGUAAGCAAGUGUCUCAGAUAAAGUAUGCAGCGAAAGUUGGAAUAAAUAUCAUGACAUGUGACAAUGAAAUUGAAUUAAAGAAAAUUGCAAGGAAUCACCCAAAUGCCAAGGUCUUACUACAUAUUGCAACAGAGGAUAAUAUUGGAGGUGAAGAUGGUAACAUGAAGUUCGGCACUACACUGAAGAACUGUAGGCAUCUUUUGGAAUGUGCCAAGGAACUUGAUGUCCAAAUAAUUGGGGUGAAAUUUCAUGUUUCAAGUGCUUGCAAAGAAUAUCAAGUAUAUGUGCAUGCUCUAUCUGAUGCUCGGUGUGUGUUUGACAUGGCUGGAGAAUUUGGCUUUACAAUGAACAUGUUAGACAUCGGUGGAGGCUUCACAGGAACUGAAAUUCAGUUGGAAGAGGUUAAUCAUGUUAUCAGUCCUCUGUUGGAUAUUUACUUCCCUGAAGGAUCUGGCAUUCAGAUAAUUUCAGAACCUGGAAGCUACUAUGUAUCUUCUGCGUUUACACUUGCAGUUAAUAUUAUUGCUAAGAAAGUUGUUGAAAAUAAUAAAUUUUCCUCUGGAGUAGAAAAACACGGGAGUGAUGAGCCAGCCUUCGUGUACUACAUGAACGAUGGUGUUUACGGUUCUUUUGCGAGUAAACUCUCUGAGGACUUGAAUACCGUUCCAGAGGUUCACAAGAAAUACAAGGAAGAUGAGCCUCUGUUUACAAGCAGCCUUUGGGGUCCAUCCUGUGAUGAGCUUGAUCAAAUUGUAGAAAGCUGCCUUCUUCCUGAGCUGAAUGUGGGAGAUUGGCUUAUCUUUGAUAACAUGGGAGCAGAUUCUUUCCACGAACCAUCUGCUUUUAAUGAUUUUCAGAGGCCAGCUAUUUAUUACAUGAUGUCAUUCAGUGAUUGGUAUGAGAUGCAAGAUGCUGGAAUUACUUCAGACGCAAUGAUGAAAAACUUCUUCUUUGCACCCUCUUGCAUUCAGCUGAGCCAAGAAGACAGCUUUUCCACUGAAGCUUAAACAGGCAUUAACGCUUCUUUAGAUCUGAAGUCGCAGGUUAAGCUUGUCUGGUCUACAUUCCAGUGUGGGGGAAAAAAUUCAAUCAAUCUUUUACUCUGUUAAUUAUCUUGGAAACAAAUUCAUAGUAAUAGCUAUUUGGGGACCAGACAAAAUCAGCUUUCAUCUAUAAUUCAUUGGGGAUAAUGGGGGAUUUAGAUAAUGUAUCAGAUUUAAACAUACCAGUUUGACCCACCCCUUAAGCGUUUAAAAUAAAAUAUGCAACACAAUGGAUGACUUAGUGGAGAUGGAAGCCCAUUGAUUGGGUUCCCCAUCCAAUCGUUUACAUACAAGUACACAGUUUUUAUAAUAAGGGUUCCUGUUAAAAGUCUUGUAAAGUUGAUGUCUUUCACCCAGGUAUAUCACAUGUGAGUGGAAGACCAGUGUGACUUCAUUAGAUACGUUUAGUGUAUUUAGAAUGUAUAAAUUUGUGCUUUGAACUGUAGUUUAAUAAAUGUAAAAUUGCAUCAUAGUAUUUGUUGUAUUUGACCUAAUGUAACCCUUGUAUGAUUGCAAUAAAACUUUGUGUAGAUUUCA